AUGAAGAUUCCGAUAAAGAAGAAAGAUCGAGGAGCUGUCACCAUCCCGUGUACUAUUGGAGAUAGGUCGUUCAACAAAGCUCUUAUUGAUCUAGGAGCUAGUGUGAGUCUCAUGCCAUUAUCCAUUUACAAGAAGCUUGGUAUAGGGGCGGUGCAAGAUACCAGGAUGACACUCCAAUUCGCCGAUCAUUCGGUCAAGAAACCGUAUGGUAUUGUUAAAGAUGUCCUGGUGAAAAUUGACAAGUUUGUAUUUCCGGUUGAUUUUGUAAUUCUAGAAAUGCCAAAAGAUGAAGAGAUCCCACUCAUUCUUGGUAGACCCUUUUUGGAGACGGGAAGGUGUGUAAUCAACAUAGAAGAAGGAACCAUGACGUUGAAGGUUUAUGAUGAGGAAUUGAAAAUCAAUGUUCGAAACACCAUGAAAGACAAAGAUGAUAUUUGUACCAGUCACACUAUAGAGGUUCUGAAUCAGGUGACGACAUAUGAUAGCCCUUUGAAUGCACCACCGUCACCUUUGGAAAGAGUGUUGAGUUUGUCCAAUUCCGAUAGUGAUAAAGAAGAGGACAAUAGGGACCCCCAAGUGCUAGCCCUGCUGGAUGCACAAACCCCGUGGAAAGGAUCUCGACCAUACCUGUGGGAGGAUUUAUGCCUACGUCACUCUACUAAGGAGGGUGAAGAGCUAAAGAAAGGAAUGGAGUUGAAACAACUUCCGGAGAACCUCAAAGAUGUGUUUUAA